AUGGAUGGGCCUAAAAGUCGUUUCAUGAAAAAAAAAUUAGAAAGAGAUGCGGUGAGCGUGGAUCGAACACGCGACCUUCAGAUCUUCAGUCUGACGCUCUCCCAACUGAGCUAUCCCCGCAAUUUGUUGAUUAUAAUUGAGAUUUGUCCAUUGUGGAGGCCUUACUUCCCGAACAAGCAAGGGCUGAUCUUUGUGGUGGACAGCAAUGACCGUGAUCGUGUUGUGGAAGCUAGAGACGAGUUUCACAAACUGUUGUUGCAGGAUGGGUUGAGAGAUGGUGUGCUUCAAGUCUUUGCUAACAAGCAAGAUCUUCCAAACCCAAUAAAUGCUGCUGAGAUAACUGACAAACUUGGGCUUCACUCUCUCCGUCAACGACACUGGUACAUACAGAGCACAUGUGCUACAUCAGGAGGAGGGAUUUAUAAGGGACUUGACCGGCUCUCCAACAACAUCACAAACAAGAAUACAUAA